CAGCUACAGUGCGCGCUUUACCUUCUAUUCCACCCACAUUUAAGAAGGACAAGAGCGAAGGGCUUUAGAACGAUACGAUAGAUCUUUAUUUAUCCCAGGAGGGAAAUUGAUCUGCUAACAGUCAUAAACCACAAGAUACAUGCAACUAGGAAAUUAAAGUGACGUGUGGAAAGGAUUGUGGAUGUGAAAGGAUUGGGGAGGGGAGUCAGUCUACCCCACCACAGAAGGGGAAGAAGUUCUAGAAGUUCAGGGAAGAAGGACCACCUGUGGCGGUUCUGUACUGCAUCUUGAUUGAUGGAACCAGUCUGUUGUUGAAGGUACUCCUCAGAUUAUUGACCAGUGUGCCAUGGAGGAGGUGAGAUAUAUUGUCCAAGAUGCUCUGCAGUUUGAGGAGCAUCCUCCCCUGCAAGACCACCUCUCAUGAAUCCAACUCCGCCCCCAGGACUGAGCCAGCCUUCCUGAUGAGCGUGUUAAUCCUGUUGGUAUCUGAGGCCAUCGUCCUGCUGCCCCAGCACACGAUAGCAAAUAAUAUGGCACCAGCUACCACCAGCUAGAACAGGCAUCAGGGUAAGGAAUUUAACACUGAGACUAUUGAAUUCAUGUCUCAGGAUUUAGUGUGGAGGCUGGGACUCAAGUCACCUGUACAAGGGGACAAGUUGCACCUGAACUAGAAAGGGACCAAUAUCCUUGAAGGGAGGUUUACUGAUGCUACUCAGGGGGGUUCAAAUGAGAUUGGCAGGGGGUUGACAACUAAAGUAGUAGAUUAGCUAUUGGAAGGAGUGAUGGAAAGGUAUAGGAUAGGAUCAGUAAUUCUCAAAGGAAGGAUGGGCAGAGAGAGAUGAAGUGAUGAACUUAGAGCCUAGAUCAAUGCCUGGGACUAAGAUGUGGUGGUCAUUGUAGAAAUGUGUUUGCAAGAGGGACAUGACUGGCAGUUCAACAUUCCAGGGUUUAAUUGGUUCAGAUGUGAGAGAGAGGGAGGGGGAAAAAGGCAGCAGAACUAGACUACUAAUCAGGGAGAAUGUCACAGUGGCACUCGGAGAGGACAUACUGGAAGGGAGGACAAAUUGCCCUUAUUGUGCCAAGUGUGAAAUGGUGGCAGAUUAUCUUGCGCAAAGUUUGCCAGAUUUCAAUGUUCAUAAGAUUGGCAUACACCCGGAAAAUUGGCAGUCAUGGCUUCAAACAACAUGUACUGCAAAUAACUGGGAGCAUGAACACUCCCCAAUCAUAUGGCGAGAACUUGUGGACCGUGGAGGAAAGGGAUCACUAUUAGGUGGAUUCAAUGAAUUUAUGGAGUAUGUGCAGGGUUACUAUGGAUAUUUUUCUGAUAUGCAAACUGAUAGUAUGAUCAAAAUUGCAAAGGAGAACUUCUGGACUAGCAUAAAGGAGCAGCAAGAUGAAAUGUCGAUGAGAAAAAAUCAGAUAAAACCAAUGUCAAUCUGGAUUAGUGGAGCAUUAAAUACUGCAUGCAGUAUUCUGAUUCCGAUCUUGAUAAGUGGAGAAAUAUUUGGUGAGAACCAGCUAAUCAACUUAAAUCUGUUGGACAACGAAGGCUCCAUGUCAUUGUUAAAUGGCUUGCAAAUGGAAGUUGAAGAUAUGGCCUGCCCACUGCUUCAUAAAGUAUCAGUGCACAAUAGCCUAAGAAAGCCUUUUAUGGAUGCCGACAUAAUUAUUAUUCUUGACGAUAUUGCACCAGAUGAAAAUCAACCAAUUGAAGACUCCUACAAAAGCAUAAUCAAUCUUUACCAAAACAUUGGGGUUAAGAUUGACACUUUUGCAAAAUCUGGUGUCCGUGUGAUUGUGACUGGUGAUCAUGUAUUGAAUUUCAAAAUACAUAAUCUUCUGCAAGGUGCAAUUUCAAUUGAUCGUAAUAAUAUUAUCGCACUGUCAACUCAACUUGAGGGAGAGACCAAGGCACUACUGGCUAAGAAAUUAAAAGUGAAUAUACAAGACGUGAAAAAUGUAAUUGUUUGGGGAAACAUUGGCAGAACUACUUACAUUGACCUGCACAGAGCACGUGUUCAUCGAUACGAAAACGCAGUCUGGGGUCCACGGGGUUUUUCACACUCUGUAAUGGAGGUAAUCAAUGAUAGCAAGGGGAACAUAUUGAAAACUUCCUCAGUGAUUUGAAACACAUGGCUGCACGCUGCCAUUUCGGAGAUUUAUGUGAAGAUCUCACCCAUGACAAACUGGUAGGUCGUUUACUCAGUGACAAGGUACGAGACGAAUUGCUUCGCGAUAUUGAAUUAAUUUUGGACCGAGCUGAACAUGCUUGCAGAAUCACUGGUUGCGAUUUCCCACACAAAGUCUUUGGGCUCUGGGCCAUGAUCCCAGUUCAAUGUUUAUGCUACCGACACCUCAUAUCAUAACGGGUGUUCAUAACCCACCCAUCUCAGCCUCAGAGAUCUAUCCAACUGUUACAGCUCCCACGCUCCAGGUCGCGAAUACUACGCUGCUUACGGUAAAAUUUUCCGCUACUGUAAGAAAUGUAACCACUUCAUGAAAUUUUGUCAUUCUCGCAUGGCUCGUUCGUUCCCAAGACAAAGUAUC